AUGGAUAGAAUAUUUUAUAAAUCAGAUCUUCGAGAUCCAACCACCAAUUACCCCAUUUAUAUAUUUGAUACAUCAUAUUUACCUUCACCAGAUAUAAUAAAUUAUAAUGAAUUUUUAAUAACCUUAAUGAGUUAUUUACCAAUAAAACCCUAUGUUUUAAUUAUGUUUAGUUGUGGAUUAAACAAGAUAUCAUGGAUAUGGGGCAUUAAAUUCAUACAAAAAAUUUUGAAUCGAAGAGAUUUGAAAAAUUUAAUUAAAGUAUAUACUGUUCAUGAUAGUUGGUUUUUAAAGUCAAUGACAUCAAUAUUACAAAAUUUCAAUUCCACUAGGAAAAAUUUAGAACAAUUAGAUCAAUUAUUAGGUGCAUUUACAUUUGUCAAGGAAUUGAAUAACCCUACCAGUGAUAGACAAACUUUAGUAAUUCAUUGUCAAACUUUAAGUGAAUUAAGUUAUUAUUUGGAUAUAACUAAUUUGAAAAUAUCUUAUAAUAUUUUUAAACAUGAUUUACAAAUAUCAGAAUUAAAAUUAUCCAUGAGAUAUCAACCAAUUAUUCAUCCAUUAAUUACAUUAAAUGUUCAUGAAUAUCCUAUUUUCCAUCAUCAUCUAUAUCAAAUUUUCAAGAUAGUGGAGAAUAAUUGUAAUAAAGUCGAAUUAAUAUUAUAUAAACCAGGAAAUAAAUUCAAAUGUGAUAUUUUAUAUCAAUGUAUUUUAAGAAAUCAAUUGAUUUGGAUAAAUGAUUGGGAUUUAUAUUCAAUUGCUACAUUAUUUAAAAGAAUAUUACUGGAAUUACCUUUCCCAUUAAUAGAUAUUGAAUUGAUUAGAUUACCAAUAGGUGAUAAUCUUCAAUAUACUUUUAAAAUGUUUAAAAGAUUAAUUAAUAGAUUACAAAAACAUCAAGAAACCCAGAAUUAUGAUCAAUUGUUGUUUCAAAUUUUAGAUAUGUGUCAAAAAAUCGUUAAUAAUGAUGACAUUACCAAACAUACAACAACUACAAUAUCGAAAGGGAUGUCAUAUUGUUUAAGUCAUGAAUUAGUAUCAACCAAUAAAACAAACAUUCAAAUAAUCAAUCGAUUUCUUAAAAAUUUACUUGAAUAUUGGUCAGAUAUAAGGAAACAUUUCCAAAUUUAUACUAUUGAUAAUGUUAUUGACGGGAAACUUCAAACUGAAUCUGUCUCAACCAGUCAUGAAACAUCAUCAUAUGAUUUAAGUCAUGAUAUAACAUUAGAUCAAGAAAGUGAAAGCAGUAGCAGUAACAGUAGCAGUAAUGAUGAUGAUGAAGAAAAUGGUACUGGUGUAGAUACCGAUUUUAUUGAAACUAAAGAUAUCUUACGGAAUUUAUCCUUAAAUAACACCGAUAAUAGUCCUGCAACUACAACCAACACAUCUAGUUCUUCUACUAAAUCAAAUGGAUUUCACCAACGUACGACAUCAGUUAUAAAUAAAACAAUAGAUCCAAUUAAUAAUACAAAAUCUCAUAAGAAAUCACUAUCGGAUGUAUCUAAUUUACAAAUCCAGUAUCCACCCCAAAAAUAUAAAUUUUCCACCACCACCACCGCCAACAUCAGUCCAAGGAAAAACGACAAUAUAACCACACCGAAGAAAUUAAAUCUGAAUACUACUAAUAAUAGUAAUGAUAGUAUACCUAUACCAAAGAAAAAACCGGUGAUUAGAGGUAGAAAAGUUGGUCAAUUGGCGAAAUUAUUUGAAGAAAGAUGUGAAGGAAUUGAAAUUUUACGAGGCAUGACAUGA